UUUAGAUUUAUUUAAUUUAUCACGUGAAGAAGAGUCACAGCUAAAUAUCUGUGCUGCCUUUUAGAUAGCCUAGCUAGCUAGCUAGCUCAUGUUGUCACCGAUAGCCACAUAUAAAUGAGUCAUGUCCUUAUCGAACGGUUUACCCAAAGAAGAAGAAAGGCUGAGCUCCACCAGCACAGUCAAGGAGUGGGAGAGAAUAGGCUGUCUGUGCCCAGAUCAUUUGGGAGAAGUGGUUUCCUUUUUCUGUGAGGAUUGUAGCAAGGCUGGCUGCACACUCUGCUCUAUGAAGGACCAUUACAAGCACAAAAAGAACUUCAUAGCCGACAAAGAUAUUGAUGAAGGCUCUUUUGGACACACAGGUAUAUUUUUUCCAUCGGAAUUCACAAUCGAUGGUUUAUUAAAGAAACUCAAUGAAGACUUGCAGGACAUUGAUCUAAGAUCUGACGAUGCUCAAGAGAAAAUCAAGUCGUGUAUCAGUGCAUAUAAGGAUGUUCUAGAAGCAAAGAAGAAAAUGUUAAUUGAUCAUGUCAAUGCAGUCAAAAAGGCGAAAAUUAAAUUCCUUCAAGAACAACAAAAGCAACUUCGAAAAACACUGGAUGAAUUAGUCAGUAGUUCAUCGUAUGCCAAAAGAUUUCUCGAGUCCGAUGACCGUUUUAGUUUAUUAUCAGCUGAGAAGGAAAUCACCAAACGACUAGCUGAGCUGAAUGAGAAAUGUUCUAAGACGAUCCUACCCACACAGAGAGAUUGGAAUCUUGAUAAAAUUAAGAUGAUUCGAGAUGGCAAGUACGUGAAGAUCAAUCGAUUCAAACGACCCCCUUCUCCACCAAUACCUGGCAUGAAGACUGUACACGAUCCAGGUUUUAAGGCUACUUCUGCAUCUCUGUCAUUCAGUGUGGAACCGGAAAUGUUGCAAGCGUUUGUGAGCACCUGCUGCCAAGAGUUAGGCGAAAAGUACUGGUUGCGUGUUAGAUAAUACACACCUAUCACUUCUAUAUUAAUGUGCAGUUUUUUUAUAAUGAUUGAUGACAGAC